AUGUCGGCGACUAUUUUCAUAAACCGUCGGUUCGCACUUUUUUCUCGUCGCUCCUUCCCUCCCGCUACUCCCACCCUCCCGCUACUCCUCAGGCAUUAUGGCUUCGCCAACGCGGACAUCCUCCGGAUCGUGCGCAGCGCCUCGGUGCUUCUCCUAGUCGACCCCGAAAGGAUCCUCCGUCCCAAGCUCGACUUCUUCGCCUCCCUCGGCUUCAAGCCCCGCAAGCUCGCCACCGCACCUUUCCUCCUCGCGCGCAGCCUCGACAAGCACCUCGUCCCCUCCAUCCAGUUCCUCCGCGGCAUCAUCGGCAGCGACGACCACCUCCGCCAAGCUCUCCACCGCCAACCCCGCACCCUCUCCAGCGACCUCGAGACCAGCAUGCGCCCCGCCGUGGAAGCCCUCCGCCGCGGCGGCCUUACCGAGGCUGCCAUUUCGAAGCUCCUCGUCAUCAACCUGUGCGUGCUCAGGUUGUCGCCGGAUCGGAUAAGCAAAGUCUUCGAGGACCUCAAGGAGAUCGGUAUGUGCAUCGCGGACUCGCGAUCCCUCUACUGCUUCGGUGUGAUGUGCACCCUCAAGAGAGAGACGUGGCUUCGAAAGCUGGAACUGUACACAAGCUUCGGGCUGUCGGAGGGCGAGGUGUUCAGCGCCUUCAAGACCCAGCCCACCAUGCUGGCUUUGGCCGAUGACAACAUAGAAAAGAAGGUCCGGUUCUUGCUGGACGAGCUCAAGCUUGGAAUACAUGCUAUAAUGUCGCGGCCUGUGAUUCUAUGUUAUAGCUUGGACAAGUGCAUCCUGCCGAGGUGCGCCGUGCUGAGCGUGCUGAUGAGGGAGGGGAGGAUCCAGAGAGAAAUCAAAUUGCCUCAGGCGUUGCUCGGUACUUCCAGGGAAUUCUCGACCAAAUACGUAUUGAAGCAUGCCGAUGAGAUUCCAGAUGUUGUUAAGGCAUACGAGGGUAAGAUCAAAUUUGAAGGAUUCGGAUGCGACACAUGACUUUAUGUUCGAUAGCCCGGUUCUUUCCUUAUGAGACGGUAUAACUCUAGAUUAUUAGGCUUUAUGUUCCUAUCCUACCGCUUGUGAUUAAAUAUAUCAAAUCAUGACUCAUGCAUGAUUCUAACUCUGCUUCAGAGAACAAAUUAUUUCCCCCAUUGAUGGUCCAUGUGGACUCGGUAUCAUCUACAUUUGUAGUUUAGCAGCUGCUAUUUUGCGUCCCGUGGCCUAUUAAAAUAUAGAAGCGUAGCAGAUGAUGAUUGUGCCUUCAUAUUAAAGUUCCCUCAUUUCUCAUGCUGACUUGGUUCUUUUACUUUUUCAUCGAUUAUCCCAAUAUGUUAUGAUUUACGCAAAGGAUUGAACUCGGUUUUAAUUUCUAUUCCACAACUCACCUGAAGUAUCUUUGGAUUUUCUCAAAUAAAUAAAUCAUCGCUUUAUCGAAAGUUGAGAACAUCCAUGUUCCUGUCCAUGUUCUACUUUCUCUCUGCCUGAAUGUAAUGCCAGUGAGUAAUGUGCACCGACAGAUUUUGUGUGUGUAGGUAUGUUAAAGCCAUUUCUAAGUUCAAACUUGUAGUUCUGUGGACAGAAUGGCUUAUCUGGCUGGGAUGAACUGGUUUGAAAUAUUGAUCUGUUUAUGUACAGUAAUUAAUAUUACAUCUGGAAAUUUCUAGUCUGCAGCAUGUCUUCAUUUUUCGACAUUGACACUCACUCUUGAAGUUGACAGAUGGUCAUUGUGGACACAAUGAUUAAUUUGUUUUAUAUUGCAUUGUUGCUGAAAAUAUAGAAAGUUUAUAGUUAUUAACAUCACAACAUCAGGAAUGCCUGUAAAGCCUGUCAACUUGUCUAACUUGUUAUACAUCACCAAAUGACUGGUUAUGCUUUUCGAUCGAUUGUCCCAAUAUGUUAUGAUUUGUUCAAAGGAUUGAACUCAGUUUUACAUUGUGUUCCACAACUCACCUGAAGUAUCUUUGAUUUUUCAAAUAAAUAAAUGCUUCGAUUUAUCGAAAGCUGAGAACAUCCAUGUCUUACUUUCUCUCUGCCUGGAUGUAAUGCUAGUGAGUAAUGCGCACCGACAAACUUUUGUGUGUAGGUCUGUUGAAGCCAUUUCCAAGUUCGAGCUUGCUGUUCCGUGCAAAAAUAGGUUUAUCUGGGUGGAAUGAACUUACUAUUUGGUUUGAAAUGUUCAUCUAUUUGUGUCCAGUAAGUAAUACUACAUCUGGAAAUGUUAGUCUGCAGCGAUGUCUCUUUUGUUGGACAUUGACACUUCCCCUUGAAGUUGAUGGAUGGUCAGACUCAUAGUGGAUACAAGGUGAUUGAUUUCUUUAGGUUGCAUUGCAUCAACUGCAUUAGAAAGCAUGUUAUGUGUAAAAUAUAGAAACUUUGGUUAUUACAAUCAGGAAAGCCUGCAAAGCUUAUCAACUUCUUGGUGUGUAAGUUAUUGUUGGACCUGUUGAGGGCAGGAUCAAGCCAGAAACUGACACUAUGGCUCCAAGCUUGGCUUCAGCCUUUCACAUACAAGAACAUUGAUCUGACGUGUAGUGUAGUGUAGGCUAUGAUUUGAUAUCUGUUAGUGGACCCUUAAGAGCGUUUAGAACUUCUUUUAGAUUUUGUACACUGAUUUGAUCUUAGGUAACUAUAUUAUGUACAGUGGACUUAAA